ACGUGCGAAGUGACGAGAAAAAUAAGGGUCAACAUUGUUAUAUUAUGGUGUUUAACAACCGUUUGGGCAACCUUUCCCCAACAAAUGGCUGCGAAAAACCGUCAGAAAACAAAAAAGUCGACGGUUCGUUAGUACCAUAUCACACGGACUGAUUGUGAUCGAUAGGCAAACUGUGCAAAAAAAAAUUUUAUUCGACAAUUUUCGCCGUGUCGUGGCGGUUUCUUCGUGCGAAUUUAUGCCGUUUAUGCGACUAUUUUAGUGAAAUUUACCGGUUCGUCGAAGGAAUCAUGGGUCUACUGAGAUACUUUAUAGUGUUUUCCUGGGCCGUAUUUUUGGCAGGAAUUGCCUUGGCCGGCCAUAAACCUGUACCACUCUACGAAGACGACUGGCGAAACGUGAGGAAAGGAACUGCUGAAUGCGUGUUUGAUAAGCAGAUAAGGGAGUUGGGUGCGGUCUGGACGCCCGAUCUAGGACCACCAAUUGGAGUGCUCUAUUGUAUGAGAUGUACCUGUGUACCGUACCAUAAGAAAAAGAGGAUCGUGGCCAGGGUGCAGUGCCACAGCAUCAAGAAUCAAUGUCCUGUUCCCACGUGUGACGAUCCAGUAGUACUUCCAGGAAGAUGCUGUAAGACUUGUCCGGGAGAUAUAAGUCCCGACACGGUACAAGACAUCGUCCCACAGAACGUCGCGGAAGUCGAGGAAAAAAAUGGCAAACAUUACGCCGCUCUACUUACUGGAAGAUCCUCCUUGGUGCUCAAAAACGAAUUCGUCAAACCCAUCGGGGACUUGAACAAGAAUAACGUGGUGGCCACCGGAAGGUUUAGCAUGCACAAAAGAAACUUGUACUACUCCUUUUAUAUAUCAGAGAAUGCCGCCAGGCCUCAAUCCCUACAAUUCAUCGAUAACCAAGGAAACAUCCUGGAGGAAUUCACUCUGUCACACGCAGGAGGUUACGUGAACAGCCUCUACCAAAACGCCUCGAGAAAAGUCUGCGGUGUAUGGAGACGACUGGCCAAAGACUACCGGAAACUGCUCAAACAAGAAAAAAUGUAUGCGGUUCUAGUGUGGGGCACCAAAGAUCCAGCGGAGUUCACCCUAAGCGGUCUCAUAACUAAAAACUCCGCCCUACAGACCGAACUCUUAAGCGCUUUACUGGAACCCUCUCCAGGUUGCGACUCCAAUUCGAUGGCUGGUGCAGGUGGUACUGCCAUAGUAUCCCUGUCCACAACAGUGACCCCUUCGAUCAACGUAGCCAUUAUGUUCAACGGUCUGUUUAUGCCAUCAGAACUAGAGAACGUACCGAUAAACAUCACGCUAUCGAUGGACGAUCGCAGACAAGUGGUGCUGCAAGAAAUCGCUAAAGUAACGAAACCCGCCAUCGAUGUGAACGUCGUCAACGUAAGUGCGACAAUAACUCAGGCACACUUACGUUAUUUAACUAGAGGGCGUGUGUUGUUAAGUGUGUCAUCCGUCACGAAACCAGAAGCACUCAGGCUAAGUGGUAACAUUAUUACCAAGGCGUCGUGUGAAAUAUUCCAGUCCACUUUAUCGUCGUCAAAUGGAGCGAAUCCAGACAGCGUAUCUGGCAUGGCCUGGCUCUAUCUGAACAAUGCCGGAUCGUUGAUUUACAACAUCCAGAUUGACAAGCUGCCCCCCAAAGAGAACCCACCCAUGAUCACCCUGAUCGACACUGGUAGCAAAAAGAAAACCGAAUUGGAGAGUUUGAUCCCUUACUUCCACGGCGACGGUUGGGCCAACGGAACUCUAGACAAACUGACUCCCAGAGUGCUGGAGCCCUUGUAUGCAGGCGAUUUGGCCAUCAACGUGGCCACCACGAGCGACAACAGUUUGAUCAAAGGCAAACUGACCGCCAAACCAGUGGAUGAAGCUCGCGAUGCCCCAGCCCCGGUACUUUUAAAGAGGGAGUACUCUAACUUGUCCACCGCCACCGUUGGAUUGGCUUGGAUUUCUGUUGAUAACGAGUGUCAUCUGCAUUACGACGUUUCCAUCACAGGCAUUGGAGACCGUAAAAUGGAACUGUGGAUGGAGAUGUACCCGUUCAUUGCUCCAGGUGCACCGUUCAUCAAUAAGGAGUUGGAAUCGUUCCAAGGGAAUUCGGUCGAGGGCUCUCCGGUCGAAGUGUUGUCCAGAGAGGAGCUUAUUAAGCUGGAGACUGGUGUGAACUUUUUGAAAGUGAAAGAUGCGUCUACCAAGGUGGUACUUCUAAUGGCGACAGUAACCAAGGUGUCGAUUCCUCCGCCAUGUAGACCAUACACCACAUCACCGGACAACAGUAUCCCGGAUCUCUACGAUCACCCCCAAGUGGUUUCCACCGGUGAAUGCUUCUUCGAGGAGAAAUUCUACAAAAACGAAGAGAUCUGGGUGUCCUCGAAAAACGCCUGCCAGAUGUGCUUUUGCCAAAACGGAGCUGCCAAAUGCGACUUCAUGACUUGCCCCGAAGUCAACUGUACCGAUGGUAAAAUGAUCACCGUCGAAGGCGAGUGUUGCUCGGUCUGUGUCAACAAUUCCAUCCCCCCUAGGGACCAAAAAUGCUCCUGGAAUGGAAAGUCAUAUCUUCCGAGUGUAAAGUUCCAUCCGUUCCUUAUCCCGACCGGUUUCGACUUGUGCACCGAAUGCUACUGCGACCCAAGUGAUUUGCAGAUCAAGUGCAGCCGCCUGGACGACAACGAGAAGCUCUGCUGCAACAAGAACAACUGCAACAAUAAAUUCAACAUCAACGACCCACUCUCUGAUGACUUUAUCUCCCCGGAUAUUCCGGAUUACUCCGUCAAGCACCAGGGCAGCGAGUACUCGAAGAAAAAGGAGAAUUUCGCCGCUAAGAUCCUGGAGGAAGGCGGCUGCAAGAACCCCAGUAACCCAAAGAAACCAUUUGCCAACGGAACCGAGUAUCAUCCCUAUAUCGAUUCUUUAGGGGAGUAUAAGUGUGUCACUUGUAAGUGUCAGAAUGGCACGCCCAACUGUAGCAGGCAACACUGCGACGCUCAGACCUGCAAAAAGAUCCAGGACAUCAAAAGGCGAAAAGAGAAAUUCAAUCAGUCGGACUUUUGUUGUUCCCCGAAGGAUUGCAGGAAGUUACGACAUAAAAAGAAACACACAAGUUAAAUAAACAGGAAGAGGACAGAGAGAAGUUUAAUGGAACUUCGGACCUUGUUGAGGUUCAGGUUACCUUUUUACCAAAGAAGACUGAGACAGUUGCGUAGUCAAGUGAGACAAAGAGCUGUCAUAGACUUGAUGAUACGUAGUUUUCUUUAUUGAUUAUUAUUGCACAGAUUGUUAAUUGUUUAAAAGAUCAGGCUGUCGAGUCGUUUUUCAAUUAAUCGACUGCAAGAUAAUUUAAUUUAUUUGACACUUGUAAAUUAUUCCAUAGUUUUUAAAAGGGAGUUUCUACUGGCUAGAUACUCACUUGUGAGUUCUUGCUUAUCAAUAAACGUUGCACGCAAAUGCUCCUCCUAAUUUAUAUGAAAUGUAUAAAGGAGGACGUUAAGGUGGGUUUAUUGAUACGUUUUAACUCUCCAAUACUCAUUAGAGAAGAAGGCUGAUAGAAACGUAGGGAAAGCACCAAGAAAGCAUAAUUAUUGUAUAAUAUUUAUACUUUUAUUUAUUUUUAUUUGUUGCCUUGACAAAUCCGUGAAAUUCGUUUCGGUUUAGGUGCUCUCCCUCUAAGUCGUUUUCGAUGUUGUGUUUACUUAAUUUUAAGUAGGACAUAUCAAGUUUUUUCGGUGCCAUGGUAAAGUGUAGAGAAAAAAGGGACUUUUUUACAGGUACUUAAGCGGGCUUUUGGCUAUUUUAGGUUUACGAAUCCAAAGUGCGAGUUUUAGCGCGGAAUCUAGUCGUUUUUUCGUUGUAGUUUAUCGGAACUUAAUUUCACCCCACAAAAGUGAUAUGAUAAAAAUUGGGAAUAAUAUUCCAAAAUGCCGGAUUUUGCAAGCAAAUGGUCACUUUGUUUUUAAACGGAAUAUCCAGUUGAUACCAUUUUAAAACAACUUCGUAAUUUUUUUGUGUCCUCAGGACAUUUCAAAUGGUUUUUUUUUGCUUUCUGGUUUAGUUAAUUCAUUUUUUUAGAAUCAAAAUGUCAUAUUUUAUCUCUUUCAGGCACUUGGAAUUAUUUUAAAUUCAUUUGCACUCUCUAUAUCGUCUUAUUUAAUUUUUUUAAUCUUUCUUUUUAAUUUAAUUUUUGAGUUUUUCAAUUGUUUCCUAAAGCAGAAAUAUUCAAAAAAAUUACAAUGUUUGUUCUUGGAUCUUUUAAUCCAAUUGCCUGUAUACUCAUUUCGAGUUGAACCAGAUGCGAUAUUAAAUCAAAUAUCAAAACAUAACCACUUGCUUGCACUACUGGCGGCACUUCCCGAGGGGCCCUCGGUAUUUGCUUGUAAUUUUCACUUAUUUAACAUAAAUAUAAUUAAAAUUUCUUAAAAUGAUAAUAUAGCAUUUAUUGUAUACAUACUUAACAUGUUAAAAAUAAUUCGGAAUCUCCAUUGCAAUAUUUCAGUAUUUUGCUAAAUUAUUAAUAGCAUAGAAUUAAACAUAAAGAAUAAAACAAACAACGUGUGAAUGUGAUCUUUUUGCGUGUAAAAAUUUAUUAGUUUAUUGUAAAUAAUUUCCACAUAAGUUGUAAUAUAUUAGUUAGUUUUUAAUAUAUGGGCCACAAUAUUGCAUUUGAUUUAAAAGAAAAAAAAUUAUUAAAAAAAAACUUAUUUAAUAAUGGCGUUAGUAAUAUUUUGUAAAUAUUUAUCGACAUGUUAUUAGCAAAUGCAGUAUAACAGUAAAGCUAUGUUUAAAUCUUGUACCUGCUUUAGGUCGUAAAAUAUAAUAUGCUUUAUUAGUACCUA